AUGGGCUUCUUGAACGAUUUGAAAUUCUACUUUAAGUCGGUGAUAUUUGGGUGUUUGGUGUUUACGUCGUCGUUGACUGCUCUUAUUUCGUUGAUUUUCUUAAAACUUACCGGAAAUAGUAAAUAUGCCCAAUAUAUCUUAGCUAGAGUUUUCUAUUUCCAGUUUUCUAAAUUGUUGGGGGUUAAAGUCACUAUUAAAAAUGAACAUUACUUAUAUCAAAAACCAGCAAUUGUUAUUUCAAAUCAUCAAACCGCUGCUGAUAUCUUGGUUUUAGGUAAAGUUUUCAAGCCUGGUUAUACGGUAACUGCUAAAAAGGCGUUGAAAUACGUUCCAAUUUUGGGUCUUUUCAUGUUGGGUUCAGGAACUUUCUUCUUGGAUAGAUCUAAAGGUGAAAAGGCAAGAGAAACUUUGAAUAAAGCCUUGAUUUCUUUGAAAAAAAAUGAUCGUGCUUUAUUCAUCUUCCCAGAAGGUACUAGAUCAGGUACUACUAAAUUAGAUCUUUUACCGUUUAAAAAGGGGGCCUUUCAUUUAGCUAAACAAGCGAAGAUUCCAAUCAUCCCAGUGGCAGUCAGUAACUACUCCAAUAUAUUUAACGCUAAGAGUAAAACUUUCAACUCGGGUGAAAUCAUAGUGGAAGUUUUGCCUCCUCAAUCAACUGCUAAUUUAGAAACAAAUGAAGACGUGACUAAAUUCUCAAUUGAUAUUAGAGAUAAAAUUAAAGAGAAAAUUGAAUCAUUGGGUUAUGCCAAAGUUAGCGGACAGCCUUCAAAUAAACCACACCUCGUUCCCGAAGUAUCUGAUUCCGUUCAAGAAGAUGAUUCGGAAGUUGAAAUCGUCUCUGAAGGUACUCCUUUGGUUUCAAAAGAUUAA